GUCCUCGGGUGACGAACCGCCGAACCGUGUGUGCCGUGCCGUGUGUUUUGUGGUUUGUGGCGCCCGCUUGUGUCCCCCCCCACCGCGGCCCGUGACGUACGGUGGGUUCGUUGCUGCGAUGUGGUUUAAGUCUCCCGUUCGGUUGAUGCCUUUUCGUCCGGUGCGCGAGUAGCCAACCUCCGCAGGAUACUAGCGUUUGUGUGUUGAACAACACGAGCGAUGCCGUUUCAGCGAUAUGCAGGUGGUGUAUAUUAUGUUUACUAGUGGCCGAGUGGUGCGAUUGAUUGAUUUUCGCUUCGUUCCUGACCUCGUCCAGCGUCGAAAGCCAUCCCGAGGCCACCGGUGGUUGCGUAAUCUAAUUAGUGGCUCCUGGACGGAAUCCGCUUUCCGACAGCACUCGUUCCAGUAGUUCCGAUUCCGUCCUGUGGCCAGCGUGCUGACCAGUCCAGUUGACCGUUGCGCAAUAUAUGGUGUGUGUAUAUUAUGAUCCUUUGUUUGUGUUCCGGGAAUGCAUCCGAGUGGAAGAAAGUUUCAAGUGGCUUCAACAGAAGAAAAUCUCGCCCUGUGAUCGCUUUAAAGGGCGCAAUUGUGUGAAUUUCAAAAAAGGAAUUAAAUGCUUUGGUCUUUAAAGGAUAAUAUUCCUCAUUUUGAGAUUCGCGUGUGACAGCCGAACUUCAGCCAUUUAAGCGACGGAAGAUUGAAGCGAUGUUGAUAUCCAAUUCGGUCAUGACCAACCAGUGACUGUAAGGAUCCUUUGCUCGUUUGCUGUCUGCGCCAUCGCUGACUGCGAAGGAUCCGUUUGCCGAGAUGGUUGCCCGAAACUUUUCACUGCAAGACAUGCCCUACAAUCGCGUCCUGCAGGUGCCGGACGAUGAGCGCGAGUACCUCACGCUGGACGAGCUGAAACCGCACCAGCUGACGGAGCUCGGUGUAACGGUGUCGUCCUCGCUGUCGAUCACCUCCCAGCCACAGAGGACCGCUCCGGCCACGGCGGACAUGGCACCGAGCGCGGUUCUCAGCGGGAGCGACCUGCUACCGAACUAUCACCACCAUAACGCUUUCUAUGAGCUCGGAGCAUCGCACGCACCAGCGGCCAACUCCUCGUCUGUUCCGAAUGACCAUAUGACCGGGCCGGAUGCCUCGCUCCUGGUCGAUCCUUCGCUGUCCGGUACGAUGUCGGCGGUGACCAACAUGAGCGCCCUAUCGGUGGCCAGUAGUGGCCACCAUCACCAUCACCAUGGCCACCAGACCGCAGCCAGUGGGCCACGCAAACGAAAGUUUUCGUUCAAUUCCCAUUGCAGCGACACAAGCGACAUCGAGGAUGAUACGUGCGAUGAUUCCAAAUCCGUCAGGACGGCCGACGAGAGCAAGAAACAAAACCACAGCGAAAUCGAGAAGCGACGGCGAGACAAGAUGAACACCUACAUCACCGAACUGUCCGCGAUGAUACCGAUGUGCCACGCGAUGUCCCGAAAGCUGGACAAGCUGACGGUGCUGCGGAUGGCGGUGCAGCACCUGAAGACAAUCCGUGGCGCAGUUCACUCGUACACGGAAGGCCACUACAAACCGGCCUUUCUGUCCGACCAGGAGCUCAAGAUGCUGAUCCUGCAGGCGGCCGAAGGCUUCCUGUUCGUGGUCGGGUGCGAUCGGGGCCGUAUCCUGUACGUUUCCGAGUCCGUUUCGCACGUACUGAACUACUCGCAGGGUGAUCUGCUGGGACAGAGUUGGUUCGACAUCCUGCAUCCGAAGGACGUGGCGAAGGUGAAGGAACAGCUAUCCUCGUCCGAUCUCAGUCCCCGGGAACGGCUGAUCGACGCAAAAACGAUGCUUCCGGUGAAGACGGACGUACCGCAGGGUGUGACGCGACUGUGUCCCGGUGCCCGCCGUUCCUUCUUCUGUCGCAUGAAGUGCAAGGCGAACGUCCAGAUCAAGGAGGAAACGGACACGGCCAACAAUGUGGCCAGCUCGACCGUGUGUCACCGGCGCAAAAAGCAGAUCAAUUCCGACAAGAAAUAUUCGGUGAUACAGUGCACCGGGUACCUGAAAUCGUGGGCACCGGCCAAGAUCGGGCUGGAGGAGAACGAAACGGACGGUGAGGGUGACUCCUGCAACCUCAGCUGCCUGGUGGCCGUCGGUCGUGUACAGCCCAACCUCUGCAGCCUUGCGGCGAGCCAACACACGGGUGGUGGUGCAGGGCAAGCGUUACAGCGACCGAGUGACAACGGUACCGGCAAUGGAUCCACCGGAAAUGGAGGGCCCUCCUCAAGCACGGGCAACGGCAACGUGACGUCUACCAGUAACGGAACGUCCGGGGGCGUUGGCAAACCGGCCGUCGGUGGGAGCAACAUUCCGAACCUACGCAACGUACAGUUCAUCUCACGGCACGCGAUGGACGGCAAGUUCCUGUUCGUGGACCAACGGGCAACGCUCGUUCUCGGGUUUCUGCCCCAGGAACUGCUGGGGACCAGUAUGUACGAAUAUUAUCAUCCUGAGGACAUUCCAGCGUUGGCCGAGUCACACAAGGCGGCUCUACAGGGCACCCAGUGUGUCACGACCUCCGUGUACCGGUUGCGCACCAAAGAGUCCGGCUUUGUGCGGCUCCAGAGCGAGUGGAAAUCGUUUCGCAAUCCGUGGACGAAAGACAUCGAGUAUCUGAUCGCGAAGAACAACGUCAUCCUGUCGGAGCUGGCCGGCGACGGUGCGGCUCGCAAUGGGACCGGCGGGUACGGGACCGAUUUGGCUGACGGAACGAGCGAAGCGUCCGGUGCGACGGGGCGACCCGGUGGCCAACCGAACGUUGGGUACGAGUUUUUCAACCACUCCAACGGCCGGGAGAUACAACGAAUGAUCAACUCGCACGUGGAGGCGAGCAAAAUUGGGCGUCAGAUCGCGGAACAAGUGUUGGAUCAUCAGCGGCGGCUGGGUGACUCCUCCUCGGAGAGUAGUCCCAAUCCGAACGAACCAACGCUGCAGCCCGCCUUCAGCUCGGUCCUGUCGGAGGCGACCCAUUCGAACGAUGGCACCUCGGGCGAGCACAGUCUGAACGCGUCGAGUGGUGUUUCUCCCUCGUCGAUUCCGGUCGUUCCGUCGGGCGUGGUGACACCACGGAUAAACGGGACCCUUCCCGGCUACGGACAUGUGCAGACGAGCGCUCUCUUGAGUCCCGAGCACGAUGUGUCCCAAGCGCAGGUCAGCAGCACCGACGGGAACGAUGAGGCGGCCAUGGCUGUGAUUAUGAGUCUCCUGGAGGCUGACGCCGGACUCGGUGGACCGGUCGAUUUUUCGGGCCUCCCGUGGCCCCUUCCGUAGACACACGGGGACUACGCAUGCAGUGCAUUUUCUUCAAGGCUAUGAUCGUGAUGAACGAGUACGUUCGGGCAACGGAUAGUUACCAUAUACCAGGCGGGGUUGUCUAGGAGGACCCGGGGCAGAAUGUCUUGUACAUAGAGUUUUCCAAGCGCCUACAGUUGAGGUCACGCACCUGACGAUGGGCCACCUAUCAACGAAGCGAUACGAUUAGCGGAGAAGCAGUCUAAGGUGUAAGAGUAAAUGAUUCCUAACGGUGCACUGUGAUGGGUGUAUAUUUUAAGGCUACAUUAGAAAAACGAAAACAACAUGUGUACAAAAUGCCAAACGAUGAGAAAUAAAUAUAGGAUGAUCCAUCAAGUA